AUGGGCCGUCCUGAUCAUGAAGAGAAGGCAAUAACCCCAAAAUCCUUUGAUCAAAACCCAUUAUUCCAACCACAUCCUCCAGUAGUAGUUCCUCCGGUCACCUAUCAAACCACAAUUCCGCCACUGUCACCACCACCACAACUCAAUCAGCCACCAUUCACUUGCUCGUAUGUACCAACCGAUCAGCAGCAGCCGGCUACACCACCAUUCCAUAACUACCCAACUCAGCAGCCACCCGCGGAUUACCUUCCUAAUGGGGCGCCAUACAUUAAUCCACAAACUUGCAACUACACCAAUUCUACUAAUCAUAAUUUACAACCGCAGGUGAUUAAUUACGUCGUAAAUACACCUGUUUAUCAACCACAAGUGGCUAAUGGUACUCCAAAUCAUUUCUAUCAACAACAACAACCCCCGAUCAUGACUUCUCAGGAAUGGAGCACUGGUCUAUUUGACUGCUUUGAUGAUCCCGAAAAUGCUUUGGUGACAUUAUGUUUUCCAUGCGUCACUUUCGGGCAAAUUGCUGAGAUCGUCGACAGUGGCCAAACACUGUGUGCGACGAGCGGAGUUAUAUAUGGUCUGAUUGCAUCAUUUAGUUGGAUGCUGGUAUGCAUUGUGUCAUGCUCAUAUCGGACCAAGCUCAGGAAUCGCUACGGGUUGUUGGAGACUCCAGGACCAGAUUGGCUCGUACACCUGUUUUGUGAACAUUGUGCUCUUUGUCAAGAAUACAGAGAACUUAAAAACCGACAUUUGGAUCCUUCUUUAGGAUGGAAUGGAAAUUUGUCCAAGAACCAACAGAUGACAAUAAUGACUCCUCCGACCAACCAACGAAUGAUGGGUUAA